AACAUUUAAGCUUCUUUCUCUCUCCUCCCCUCUCUCUUUCAACAUCAUUUCUCUUAUCAAGUACAACCUCCCCUGAAACCCAUAAAAAUAUUUUUUACACAACAAACAGAAUCAAUAGAAGAUCACCCAUAAGCAUGGAUAGCACCCACUCACCGGCGGCGGGUGGGUCCCACCACGAGCUACAAGAGUCGCAUCCGCAGCUCCCACCAGGGUUCCGCUUCCACCCCACCGACGAAGAGCUCGUCGUCCACUACCUUAAGCGAAAAGUCCAGUCUACCCCUCUUCCUGUCGCCAUCAUCGCCGAGAUCGACCUCUACAAGUUCGACCCCUGGGAACUUCCUGCUAAGGCUGUGUUUGGGGAGCAAGAGUGGUACUUCUUCAGCCCUCGGGAUCGGAAAUAUCCGAACGGAGCACGGCCAAACCGUGCAGCGACAUCUGGUUAUUGGAAGGCUACAGGGACUGAUAAGCCUGUUUUAAGCACUGGUAAUGAGAAAGUGGGUGUGAAGAAAGCUCUAGUUUUCUAUGGUGGUAAACCUCCAAGAGGUGUGAAAACUAAUUGGAUUAUGCAUGAAUAUCGUUGGGUUGACAGUACUAAACCCACCAAUAACAAACCCCCUGGUUAUGAUCAUUGCAACAACAAAAAAGGAGGAUCAUUAAGGUUGGACGAUUGGGUGCUAUGUCGGAUAUACAAGAAGAGCAACACAAGUCGGGCGAUGGAUCACGAGCGAGAAGAUUCGAUGGAGGAUAUGAUGAUGAUGGGAACAAGUUUGUCGUCGAUGUCGAUGUCGAUGUCGAUGUCGAUGUCGAUGUCGAUGUCCAUUCCAAGCUCAAUAAACAACAUGGGACAUGAUCAACCACUUUCGAAACCGACAACAAAUUCUUUGAACUAUGGUUCUUUCCUCAACACCCAUGUCGAUCAACAAGGUUUGUUCGAGGGGAUGAUGGGUGGUGGUGUUCAUGUUCAUCACCAAGGCAUGGACCCUGGAACUCCAACCUCUAUGUUGCCGCUCAAGAGAUCCCUCCCAUCCCUAUAUUGGGGCGACAAUAAUGACCAUGACACCAGUGGCGGCGCUAUUUGUGGUGCUCAAAGUCCUAGCAAGAGGUUGUCGAUGCUCCAGAUGAGUAUCGAUAAUACUAACAAUAACAAUAGCAGUGAGGAAAGUGGAGGAAGGAGUGAUCAUCAUGAGAACAACAACAACAACAACAACAAUAUUACUUCAAUGUCUAAUCUUCUCAACCAACUUCCUACUCAGACAACUCCUCCACCUCCGUUGCACCAACAACAACAACAACAACAACAACAACCGAUGUUAGGGGGUCUUUCGGAUGGGAUUUUCCGGCAACAACCAUAUCCUCUUCCUGGAUUAAACUGGUACUCGUAAUCCCGGCCCCCUAGCCUACGAGUUCCACUUUAAUUAAUGGUCAUUUUUAAGAUACAUGAUUAUUAUUAUUCAUAUUUUUCAUCUAUCAUUCUUAACCUUGAUCGAAUUCUACUUCCUAUGCAGCGCUAAGGUACUUGUAGUACUAGUGUAUAGCAUAUACACUUAGCUUAGUCAAUAGUCAUAUAUCUUACGAAGUAUAUUAUACACUUCCAUUAAUUAGGCAUGUAGCUAGCUAGGGUAUUAAAAGAGAGUUUUCUGUUGUUGAAGAGAGAUUUGUAGUAUAGGAGAGGCAAGGGGCGGGGGUAUGGUGUUUGAUUGAUUAAUGGGCCUCCUAGUGUAAUUAGCAAUAAUUGCAUGAUCAUCCAGUUGAUAAUGCGCGCAGUAUCAACAACAACAAAAAAAAGCAGGGAAAAAAACCAUCUAGUACAUAUAUUUGUAUAAAAUAUAUUCAAUAAUAGUUCUAAAUGGAAUAUUAUUGUAGAAAUUAAUAAAAGACAAGCUUAUUUUGUGACAAAUUUGCAUUUGCUAGGUUACAUAUUGCUCUUAACUAGCCCCUUUUGUAUAAAGAAUUAUUGUAUUAUUAUAGAGAUGAAUAUUUAUAGAUAUUUCUUGUUUCUAUUA